AGGAGGCGGGGUUCCGCGUUACUCCUCCCCCCAGCCCCGGUGUGUGAGUGUUUGGGUGCGUGUGCUGCAGCUCCUCGGAUGAUGAUGUCGGUGUGUUCGGAGCCCGGCUUCUCCAGUGAGGAGGUGCUCAACCUCCGCUUCCCUCUACACCGAGCGUGCAGGGACGGAGACCUCGGGUGCCUUCAGUCUCUGCUCCAAGGCCCGCCCGGGAACACCGCGCAGCAGCUCGGGAAGGAAGACUCGUGCUACGGCUGGACGCCCAUACACUGGGCCGCUCACUUCGGGAAGUUGGAGUGCCUGGUACAGUUGGUAGGAGCAGGAUGCUCUGUUAAUGCCAGCACAACUCGGUUUGCUCAAACUCCAGCUCACAUUGCCGCAUUUGGGGGACAUCCACACUGCCUGGUAUGGCUAAUUCAAGCAGGUGCCCAUGUAAACAAACAGGACUAUGUGGGUGAGACCCCUGUCCACAAAGCAGCAAGGGCAGGUAGCAUGGACUGCCUUAAAGCCCUUGUAUCCAAUGGAGCUCAAAUAGACUUUAGGAAUGCCAAUGGCUUGACAGCGGCUGACCUUGCGCACUCCCAAGGCUUUCAAGAGUGUGCUCAGUUUCUCCUUAACCUCCAGAACAGUCAACUGAACGGUUUUUAUUACUGCAACUCCUUAAACGGAGUCCUCCAAGGAAACUCCUCUAAUUCUUUUAAUGGAGGCACAAUAAAUCGUAAGCGAUCCUUCAAUGACUUAGAAGCUUAUGCUAUCAAGAAGCUUAGAACCGAAGGAGGCAGCAUUCAUUUACGGUCUGAUUUGACUGGAGGGGUAGAAGACGAGAGCAUGCAUGUAGAAAAUCACUCACAGAUAUCAGAUGUGAAUGGUAGCUACACUACGUUAACAAAUGGACAAGCAAGUCAUGGAUUUAAUACACCACUUGGAGACAUGGAAACAAGUCCUAUGAAGUGCCUUCUAUUGUCCCAAGGAUUUAACAAUGUUACAGUCACAAAUGGCAAGAAAGAGAGCCCUGAUGAAAACGGGACUUUUGCUGAAAAUAACGUUGAUGCUAUGAAUUCUCAAGCCUGUGGCUCUUUGCAUGUCAAUGGGAGUCCCAGUAGUUGGGUAGCCCCUAGGCCUUCUUUGGGUGAUGGGGUUACUGAUGUCUUACAGUAUGGCUACUACCAUGGAUUUGGAGACUCUGCUGAAAGCUUACUUGAGUACAGUAGUCUUACUGAACAUUCUGAUUCAGUUAAUGUUGAAAGUAGGUAUAAAAAUACAUUCAUAAGUACACUUCAUCAGUAUCAGGGAUUCUGAGGUUGUAAACUGUUCCUAAAACAUGGCAUCUUUAUUGCCCAUUUAUAUACCUAUCAUUUUUUUAUUUCUAUUUUUAUUUCUAAAACUAAAUUUAAAAUUAGGCAUCAUUGCCUAUCUGUAGUAGAGUUUUAGUUCCCUUUUUGAAGUCAAUCAAUACAAUUGCACACAGAAGUUACUUGUGAAAACAAACGUUCAGAGACAGGACAUAUGUGUAGGUCAAAGCUGUUUCCAAUAAUGUGAGGCAAACUAUGGAGACUGCAUGAUAGGAUGGGCAUCUAGAUGUUGGUGUACAUGGCAAGGACAUAAGUAAUGCUGUGUCACCUUUUGGCUAUGAAAGCAAUGUUUUUGUUCACUUUGUGUCAAAUGAGUUAUUAUUUAUUUUUUUUUUAACAAGAAAAUGGUAAAGGAAAUACUAUAUCUAGCAACUUGUUACAUUGGUUAAGACUUUGAGGUUACAUUUUUUUUAAUUGGCUUUAUAAUAUGGGAAAACUUGCAUUUGCUUCAUUUGCCCUUACCUUUGGGUGCAUAUAACUCAUUCCAUAUUGUGGUGGUGAUGUUUUUUUUUUAUUACCUGUUUUAAUUAAAAAUGGUAAUGGCAUACCUAUUUUGAAUCUUUCUUUGAACAGGAAAAGAUAAAACAAUUCAAGUUGAAUUUAAAUAAUUUUUUUAUAUUAUAGGAAACCUUGCUUCUCAAACUUUUAAGAAGCUUUUCCCAUUUUUCAAUGUUUAGAUACUUUCUUCGGAAAGUAAAUUUGACACAUUUCAUUUCAUAGGAUUUUUUUAUUGUAAAGAGGGCUUUUCUUAUGUUUUGUAGUAGAUGUUUCUUCUAAAGGCCUUUUGUACUGUAAAUAGUUAAACAAGGGAAUAUGAUUUGUACUUUGUGAAAAUAAACCUGAGCGUGGCUGAAAGAUGUAUAGACUAAAUAAGUGUGCACAAAUUCCAGCAAGAGCAGUCAGCAUUUUAUUUGGGUCUAUGUACUGUUUCAGUUUAGUAUUGAUCAUUGUACUAUGUAAAGCAUUAAGCAUGAAAAAAGUUACAUUGUAUCUAGAUCUUUGUCAUUGCUUCUGUGUGUUUUUUUUUUU